CACAAGGUGCAUGCUUACAGAAACACACACACACAAGCACACACAGGUUUUUCUGGGUUUUUUUUUCCUUCUUGGCAUGGGGAAGGGAAUUUCAGUGGCUUUUGUGGCACUGGUGAUGGCAGUUCUUGCUCAGGUGACUAGUAUGAUAUUGAACAAAGAAGCCAUGAGCAGCGGACUGAGUGAAUAUACUCUUGUUGUCUACUCUAAUGCUCUCUCCACUCUCAUCCUUACCCCUUCCUCCUUCAUCUUUCACAGAUUAGAGCGUCCUCCGCUCAGCUUCUACAUCAUCUUCAGCUUCUUCUUACUUGGCUUUAUUGGAACUUCUGCACAGUUAAUGGGACUUGCUGGUUUAAACUACGCCUCUGCUUCGCUUAACACAGCCAUGCUCAAUCUCAUUCCAGCCUUUACAUUCAUACUUGCCUUAAUAUUCAGGAUGGAAAAGCUGAACUGGAGGAGCUCAAGCAGCCAAGCUAAGUCUGUUGGAGCUGUAGUGUCAAUUACAGGGGCAUUUGUUGUGACUUUCUACAAGGGCCCAGCAGUGAUCCACCAACGCUUGUCUUCUGACCCGUUGAGUGGUCCAUUUCUCUUCUCACCAAAAUCAAAUUGGGUCCUUGGAGGAUCACUCCUAGCCGCUGAGGCAUUCAUGUCCUCAUUAUGGAUUAUUCUGCAGGCCUUAAUCCUUAAGAAGUACCCUGCAGUGCUGAUCUUAGUCUCCUUCUACUGCUUCUUUGUGACCAUACAAUCUGCAUUAGCCUCACUGAUACUAGUAAAAGACUUAAGUGCUUGGAGUUUAAAACCCGAUAUUGGUUUGUUUGCAGUUUUAUACUCAGCGGUUGUUGGGACUGCGUUACGUACCUGUGCGGUAGCAUGGUGCCUGCAGAGAACAGGAGCUGUAUAUGUUUCUAUGUUCAAGCCCCUUGCUGUUGUUGUCGCAGAUGUCAUUGAUGUAAUUUUUCUGGGACAAGCUCUGCAUCUCGGAAGCUUGGUUGGAGCAGCUGUGAUUAUCACUGGCUUUUAUGCUGUGAUAUGGGGUAAGGCCAGAGAAGAGAAGUUGCAUGAGGACAGUGGAGAAGGGCAGUGGUCAGAAUCAUCAUCUGAAAGCACCCCCCUGCUGCAAAGUGCAAAAUAAGACACAGAUUUGUCUUGUAUAGAAACCAUGGUCUUAGACGUCUUUGUAAUUUUGAUGUGCAAUUUGAUGUGAUUUAUGUUAAGCAUUUCCAUCCAUCAAAAGAAAAAUAUGUUGAGCAUUUCCGUGCCGAUGUUCAUAUCAGAUAUUUGGAAAUAUCUGUAUAGCAUACAGUUCUCCCACGCUUGCCACGGCCAUGCUUAACCUAA